GGAAAAAAAUCACAGAAGUAUUUCACCAUAGACAUGCCACGGCUAGAGCGUCGCUACUCGCCCCCGCCGUGAGAUAAUUACAGCCAAUGCGUGGGGUCGAUCAUGCUUCCCAUUUUUGCCGAACGUUCAAGCUGUGCAUCAUUUUUGUUUUCGUUUAUGAUGUUGGGGCUACAUGUACAGGGCUUUGUCUAACGGAGUUGGAGGAAUUUGAAAUGCGACCACAUUAAGACCUAGCAAUAACCAACGUCCCUCGUGCCAUCUGGAUGAAGUGGCUGCCACAGCGCAGUUCUACAGGCUCCGGUUGUAGGAUUGCAGCCUGAACGUCUAGGCUCUGUUCUAUCAGUUAACCUGAUUUUCUUUCUUCUCCCUUCCUGUUUUUCCCUGCCAUCAACAGAUGGGAUACUUAAAGCUUUUAAUCGUGGAAAAUUUCAAAUCUUGGCAAGGAAAACAAUGCAUAGGACCAUUCAAGAAAUUCACCUGUGUCAUUGGUCCUAAUGGUUCAGGUAACACUUGGGAACAGUUAACCUUAGGGAAAUCGAAUAUAAUGGAUGCCCUUAGUUUUGUAAUGGGUGAAAAGACAUCUAAUUUAAGAGUGAAGCACAUUCAAGAAUUGAUACAUGGAGCACAUGUAGGAAAGCCGGUUUCAUGUACUGGAAGUGUAAGAAUGGUGUAUAGCGAGGAAAAUGGGGAAGAUAAAACAUUUUCAAGAAUUAUUCGAGGCAAUGGAUCUGAGUUUCUUGUGAAUGAUGUUGCUGUUAGCCGAUCUAUGUAUACAAAAGAACUUGAAGAAAUCGGCAUAAUUGCUAGAGCAAGGAAUUGCCUGGUUUUUCAGGGUGAAGUUGAAACAAUUGCAAUGAAGAAACCCAAGGAAAGAACUCAGCUUUUUGAACAAAUUAGUAAUUCAGGAGAGUUUGCUGCUGACUAUGCAGAAAAGAAGAAAAACAUGCAACAGGCAGAGGAAGAGGCACAGUUCAGUUAUAACAAGAAGAAAAAUGUUGCAGCGGAGCGCAAACGUGCGAAAUUGGAGAAGGAGGAGGCAGAACAUUACCAGAUGCUGUUUGAAGAGCUAGGAGAAUAUAGAGGACAGCUGCAGUUAUUCAAGCUAUAUCACAAUGAACAAAAAAUUAACUUGAUCAACAAUAAAUUGGCUGCAAAAAACACAAAUAUUAGUGCUAAGAAAACUGCUGUUUCGCAUGCUGAAGAAGCAGUGAAAGCCAAGAAAAAGAUGCUUGGAGUAUUAAAUAGAAACCAGCAGCAAAUUGAAAAGGAAAUAAAGUCUCUGGAAGUUGUGUUGAAUCAAAAAAGGCCUCAAUAUAUUAAAGCAAAAGAAAGGACCUCUCACCAAAUUAAAAAAGUAGAUACAGCUAAGAAAGUAUUAAGAGAUCAUAUAAAAGAACAGGCUAAGCAAGAGGAAAACAAAAAAGAGCUAGAGACAGAACUGAUGGAUAUUGAUAAAGCAUGGAGAGUAUUUGAAAAAAAGGUUGAAGAGAAAACACUGCACCGAGAGAGAGAUGUUUUGCUGGAGGAAAAUCAGUUAAAUAAAUAUAAGGAACUGAAAGAACUAGUGAGGAAAAAAGUAGCUAUAUUGACUCAGCAACUGGAAAAACUGCAGUGGGAGCAAAAGGCAGAUGAAGACAAGAUGUCAUCUGAGCAGCGGAGACUGUCAGAAACUGAGGAAAGUAUAAAGCAAGUUAUGGAACAUAUGGAAGAUCAUGAAAAACGAAUAGAGAAGUUGACAGAAUACAGCAGGACGUGCUCUGAAUCUUUAGCACAGAAAAAACAGGAAGAAGUAGCACUGGCAAAUGAAAUUGAAAGUUCAAAGAUACGAAUGGCUCAAGUAAAUGAAGAGCUGCAUAAAAUUGUCAGUGAGUUGCACAAUGCUAAAAUUGAUGUCCAUGAAGGGAAACGGCAGCAGAUGAAAGCUGAAAACUUGGAGAGCCUCAAAAGACUGUAUCCUGAUUAUGUGUUUGGAAGACUGCUUGAUUUGUGUCACCCCAUCCACAAAAAAUAUCAACUUGCUGUCACCAAAGUUUUUGGCAGGUAUAUGACUGCGAUUGUUGUUGCUUCAGAAAAAGUAGCUAGAGAUUGUAUCCGUUUCCUCAAGGAAGAAAGAGCUGAGCCUGAAACAUUCCUACCUUUAGAUUACCUUGAGGUAGAACCAAUCAAUGAACAGUUAAGAGAGAUAAAAGGAUCUAAAAUGAUGAUUGAUGUCAUACAGACAUCGUUUCCUCCACUGAAGAAAGUAAUUCAGUUUGUUUGUGGAAACGGUUUAGUAUGUGAAACAGUAAAGGAAGCAAGACAAAUAGCAUUUGAUGGACCGUACCGACUUAAAACAGUGGCUCUUGAUGGAACUUUAUUUUUGAAAUCUGGCAUUAUCUCUGGAGGUUCAAGUUAUUUGAAAAUGAAGGCUAGAUACUGGGAUGAAAAAGAGAUGAAUGGACUUAAAGAAAGGAGAGAGAAGCUAAUGAAUGAACUGAAGAACUUACUGAAAAUCAAGUGCAAGGAGGCUGACUUAAAGCAUUUGCAAGCUCAGUGCCAAGGCAUUCAAACACGACAUAAAUACUCACAAAAUGAGCUAGAGGUUCUUAAGAAAAAACAUCUUGCUAAUUUGUACAAGGAAAAAUCUAUGCUGGAAAGUGAACUAGUAAAUACGCAGUCACAACAUGCCAUGUUAAAUGAAGGAGUUUUACAGAGAGCUACAAAAAUGGACGAACUCCAAAAGAAAAUGCAUAAGGUGGAAGACAGUGUUUUCCGUGAAUUCUGUGCAGAGAUUGGUGUAGACAAUAUUCGUGUAUAUGAAAAAGAAUAUUUGCAAGAGCAGGAAGAAAUUGACAAGAAGAGAUUUCAAUUUGAAAACCAGAAGAUGCGCUUGAGUGUUCAGCUUGAGUAUAUUUGCAGCCUGAUAGACAAGAAGGUGAAGAACAACAACAUGCUAAAAGAGAAUAUUUGCAAUGAUGAAGCUGAUAUAAUUUGCCUGAAAAAGGAUGAGGAAAAGUUUUUACAAAUGGCAGAGGAAGUUAUGGCAGAACUGCAACAGCUUAGGGAAAGGCAGAAUGUUAUUAAGUCUGAAGUUGCAGAAGCACAGAAUCAAGUUGAGGAAUUAAGGAAGACACUUCUAACUCUAAAUAGAGAGUUGGUGAAGUUACAAAAGGAAGGCGUAGCAAUUGAGACCUUGCUGGAACAGAAAAAAUUAGAAAGGCAUAAUAGACUUCUUGAAUGCAAGCUCCAGGACUUAAAGAUAAAACUUCUUUUGGGAUCUUUGGAUGACAUUAGUGAAAUAGAGCUGGGAUCUGAUACUGAAACUAGUGAAGUAACAGCUGAUAUCUAUGAAAGAGAACAGGCAAUUCAUAUAGACUAUAGUAGUCUUGCCGAAGAGCUAAAGGACCUGCAGUCUGACAAAGAAAUUGAGAUUCACCUUGAACAACUUCAGCAGGAAGUAGCAUCUAAAGAAAAUGUUUUAUCAAAAACAGCAGCACCGAAUCUGAGAGCACUUCAGAGGUUACAUAUUGUUACAGACAGAUUCCAAGAAUCGGUUGAUGCAUUUGAGGCUCGUAGGAGGGAAGCCAGAUUAUGUAGGCAGGAAUUUGAGAAAGUGAAAAAAAGGAGACAUGAGCUGUUCAGCCAGUGUUUUGAACAUGUGUCAGUAGCUAUUGAUCAGGUCUACAAGAAACUCUGCAGAAACAAUAGUGCUCAGGCAUUUCUUAGUCCAGAAAAUCCUGAGGAACCUUACUUGGAAGGCAUCAGCUAUAACUGUGUAGCUCCUGGAAAAAGAUUUAUGCCAAUGGACAACCUGUCAGGUGGUGAAAAAUCUGUUGCAGCUUUGGCUCUUGUGUUUGCAGUACACAGUUUUAGGCCUGCCCCCUUUUUUGUUUUAGAUGAAGUAGAUGCAGCACUAGAUAACACAAACAUUGGCAAGGUAUCAAACUUCAUUAGACAGCAAUCCCAAGAAAAGUUUCAGAUUAUAGUUAUUUCUCUAAAGGAAGAAUUUUAUUGUAAAGCAGAUGCUUUAGUUGGAGUCUGUCCUCAGCAAGAUGCUUUUAUGUUCAGUCAAGUGUUGACCCUGGAUCUUACUCGAUAUCCAGACUCUGAUGAAAAUGAAAGGCAACAGAAAUACAGAAAGAGCUCUAUGCUGAAAUAAGAUGUAAAGUGAAUGUAUUGCUGUGGGCUGUUUAGAUAUGUUUAACCUCUGUUGUGACAGGUUUGAAUAUUACUGAUCAGUAAUUGGUAUAAAACUGUGUUUAGUGUGAGAACCGGUUGUUUCGCAUUAUAUUAAUAUGUUUUUUCUGCCUGGAAGUGAACUAUUAAAAUCACUGUUAAAAUCACUGGAAGUGAACUGUUAAAAUAUCCCUGUUUUUUUUAAAAAAGCUGCUUCUGGAAGGGCAAAUAAAUAAAUAAGGGAUGAGGAAGUAUUAUUAACCAUUUCUCCACUUCAUUCUCUCUCCCCCUUGCCCAAACUUUAUUACUACCCUGAGAGGUUCCAAAUAUGUAUUUGCAAGCACAAACAUGUGAAAAGUCAUGGAGAAUGGGCAGGUAAGGAGAAGAUUUAAACAUCCCUAUAAACCACUUCUCCAAGCUUGAUUGCCCCUCCAGCAGCUUAUUUUCCUGUUGAAAACACUGUCACUGGAGUAAUGUUACACAAAAUUACAUGUAAACUGCUUUUGCCUGAGUUAUUGUAGCACAAGUUCCGUCAUGUUGGUGUUUUUCAGCUGAGUGUUAACUGCAAUCAGGCAAAGAUUGGGGACAAAUGCCAUUUAGUAAUAAAAGGCUAUAAAGACAACUAGUGCAAUUGACACUACUCAUUGAAAAUUAUUCAUGUAACAGUUUCUUAUACAAAAUAAUUCAUUUCUUAGUGUGACUGUUAAAUUUGUUUAGCUUGCAUAAUUUAUAUUUGAAAGUUGUUAAACUUUAUCCAGUUCUAGUUUCUAAUUAAAGUAGGUUGUAAAAUUACUUCUAAGCAUAGUUGGCAAAGUGAUAUCACAUUUUAUAUUGAAAUCCACUAUUUGUCUCUCUUGCCCCUGAGGGAUAAUAUAUGCAUCUCUAAGAAUGGAUAUAAAUAAUGCACCUAUUUUAUAUAACCAGCAGAUAAGGCAGUAAAACUGUUCUUUAACAGUAUCACUUUGAAGGUACAGGGCUGCCUAAUGAAAAAUCAUUCCCUUGAUACAGAAAACUAGAAUUUUCUAGACAAGAUUAGAACUUUUGCCUGGAUACGUAGUUUCCUUUGUGCUGUGACCCCUCCCUCUACAGAGGAGCAAUCUUUGACUUGCAGGCUCGAACAGUAUAUUCAAGAAAUAGUUUUCCUAGCUAAUCUGCUGUUUGUUAAGUAUGCUUUACACCUAACACGGCUCUUUGACAGUAUCUUAGCACCUUUUUCCUUCUAAGAUGUAUUUAAAGUAUUUAUUUUGGGACGUUUUGUUAGCUUUGGUCCUCUAGUGCUUUUAAGCUAAUUGUUACAAUCUUUUCUCCUGGGUUUCUAAUGUUUUUAUUAAAAUGCAUA